UUAAAUGCAGUUAAUAUGAGCCACAAAAUCUGGCUUGUCGGCUUGGCUUGUCGUUUAGGCUCCGCCGUGCCUCCGUGGACUCACUCUCCCUCCCCCUCCCGGCGCCCGAAAGUGGGCCCGUCCAGCCAGGUGGCGCAUGCGCCCCAAAGGACGCGAGCGGCUGGGGCUGGCCGAGCGGGGUCAGCCGCCGAGGGCGCUGGACACUUCGUGGCCCGGAGCCCUCCGGCUCUGGCGCCUAGGCUGCCGGCCUUAGGGUGGGGCGUUCUCGCCGGUGAAUUCCGCUUCAGCCCGCCCGGUGUGGCCGCGAGUCGGCACAGCAUUCUGAAAUUUUUUGGUCAUUGCAAUGAUCUUGAUCGGGAGAUGAGAAAAUGCUUGAAGAAUGAGUACAUGGAGAAGAGGUCCAAGAGCAGGGAGCACGGCAAUGUGAUGCGAAAGAGACUUUUUAAUCCUCCAGAGGAAUCUGAAAAAUAAAUUAUAUUUUUACUGGAUGGCUUGGUUGAGAGAAGACCUAAAGACUCUUGGUUGAUAACCAAAAGAAUCCUGUCUCGUUUGGUCUCCAGAAUCCUUUGAAUGGAAAAUGACUCGUGAGAAAUGGAGCCAUGGAGAAAUAUGGAAACCCUGGCUUCUGACUGUCUGUUGGGCAGGGCCUUUAGUACUCUCUCUCCUCUCCCAGCACACCUGACUUCUCACACGUUUCUUCCCUUGCUUAAGCCAGUUAACAUUUGAGUAACUUAUCUCCUUCAAUAAAAUAAUUGACUUUA